AUGACAUCCACCAACGACGACCAGCAGUCUCUCCAAAACGAGAUAGCUAGUCUUGAGCGACAACUUCGCGAUGCAAAGGCCAGAUUGAACAGCGACGUGCUUUCGGUUUCUUCUACACCAGCGAACGAUGUCGCUCUCCAUGCGCUGCUCCUUCUUUCCGACUCCGCCCUCCCGUUAGGCUCUUUCGCUUUCAGUAGCGGCCUAGAGUCAUACCUCGCCCAUCACCGCCCAUCCCCACCCUCAGCGUCCCAAGUCCCAUCCUUCCAGGCCUUCCUCCGCCUCUCGCUCUCCACGCUCGCCAGCACCGCUCUGCCAUACGUGCUCGCAGCAUACCGAGAACCUGAGAAGAUAGAAACACUAGACAACGAUUUCGACGCCAGCACACCAUGCACCGUAGCCCGCCGCGCGAGCGUCACCCAAGGACGCGCCCUCCUCGCGAUAUGGGACCGCAGCUUUCGGUCGCACUACACCAAAUCAUCCAAGGCUAACGGCCAUACGGUGGGGCUGGAUGCUCUUAUGAGCUUUCAAGCGCUCAUACGCAGUGCGUCGUCUGCUGAGGACGGGUUCCAGCGUAAUGCGCAUCUAGCCCCGCUUUGGGGUCUUAUGACUAGAAUUUUGCAAGUUCCGGUGCAUGAUGCGGCGUAUUUGUUCCUAUUCUCGCACGCGAGAACGGUCAUCAGUGCUGCGGUGAGGGCGAGUGUUCUGGGACCGUACCAGGCGCAAGGUGUGCUCGCGAGUCAAGAUUUGCAGGAGCGGAUCAGAUCGUUGGUGGAGGAGAUGUGGGAGAGGAAGGUGGAAGAUGCGGGUCAGACGGUGCCUGUGAUGGAUCUGUGGGUUGGAAGGCACGAGAAGCUGUAUAGCAGGAUAUUCAACUCGUGA